AUGAACGAUCUGCGUCUUAUGCUUACUGAAACAUAUCGUGAUGCUAUUUUUGGUUCCAUGGACGACGCCAGGCCCGUUGCGCGAGCAAUAUUAACUCGAUGUCUCUUAAGUUUAUAUAAAAAUGUUCCUAAAACCAACAAAACACCGGACCAAUUUGCUGCGAGUGGAUUGAUUCGAUUCGAACAAAUAAAUAAGGAUAGUCCACAGGGAUACCUCACUGCACCAUACGUCUGGCUCUGGAUAUUUGUAGAGGUAUCUAAUAACCAAGCAGAUCCAAUACUACGAGAUUGGCAAUUUGCUGAUUAUGGAGAACAAAGAGCGCUUAUUGAUCCUGUGUCGUCAUUGCAAGCAAAGUCAUGGCAGAGUUUUGAAAAUUUUGUCACGUCAUUUCGUUGUGUAAAGUCAGCUGUGAUUGAAGAAGAUGAGCUAACAACGAUCUCGGAGGUUCACGCGGGAGCGCGUUUGAAUGGCGACAUCCAAUUUAAAAAUCACAAUCUGCAACUUGAGAUUGCUAGAAACCAAAUAGACACAAAGUCCGAAAAUCUCACUGCAAAAGAAUGGAAUGUUGAUUGCUAUCAUUCUACCGUUGAUGUCCGGAGAUUUAAACAUUGUAUUAUUAACGCUCCAUCUUCGCCAUCCGGGGAUGCCUUCCUUUCAUUAGAUCAGCCGGGUACCGAGAGUCCAAACGAAAUUCACCAAUACAAACAGAGACAAAAACCUAUCAGUCAAGUGACAUACGAAGAAGAACGUAAAAAAUCUGCAUCGGAAAAUGAUUUUUUCAUCCUCUUUACGACUGCAGAAAAUUGCAAUAUCGAACUUCCGAAACGCUCUGGGAUUGUAGAUGGAAAAGUUUUUAGGGACUAUUUUGGACCAUUUGCUGGCAGAGCAUUGAAUUUUUAUUUCAGAAAGGGCCUUCACACGGUUUCUCGCAUUCUCCCUCGAUUCAUUUAA